AUAGUUCCCUCCACCAGGUCCAGUGACAAUUGGAUGAUGCAGCCUUGAUAAUCAUUCGAUUCCAGAAUGGGUGGCUGCAUUCCUUUUCUGAAGGCAGCAAGGACACGCUGCCCCAGAAUCAUGCCCACUUUGCUCUUGUUGUCCGCCUUCAUUUUUUUAGUGAGCGUCCUGGGAGGAGCCCCAGGACACAUUCCCGACAGAAGGAUGAAGAUGGUGUCAAUACACAGCCUCUCUGAGCUGGAGCGUCUGAAGCUGCAAGAGACUGCUUACCACGAACUCGUGGCCAGGCAUUUCCUCUCUGAAUUCCGACCUGACCGAGCUCUACCCACUGACCGUCCCAACACCUUGGAGAAGUGGUUUUUGAUUCUGAGAGGACAAGAGAGGGACGUCUCUCUCAAGACAUUUGGCAUUCGCCUGGAAGAGGUACUGGUGAACGAGCUCACCCGCCGCAAGCAUCAAGAACUGACAGCCACGAUGCAGAUAGAAGAAGCCACCACCGGUCAGGCUGCGGGCCGUCGUCGUCGGGGAAACGUGGUGCAAAGGAUGUUUGGCCGCAUCAGGCGCUUUUUCAGUCGCAGGCGGAAUGAGCCCACCCUGCCCCGGGAGUUCACUCGCCGUGGGCGUAGAGGUGCAGUGUCUGUGGAUAGUCUGGCUGAGCUGGAGGACGGGGCUCUGCUGCUGCAGACCCUGCAACUUUCAAGGGUUUCAUUUCCUAUUGGCCAGCGACUUCUUGGAUCCAAAAGGAAGAUGAGUCUCAAUCCAAUUGCCAAACAAAUCCCCCAGGUUGUUGAGGCUUGCUGCAAAUUCAUUGAGGAACAUGGCUUAAAGGCAGUGGGGAUUUUCACCAUUGAGUAUUCGGCGCAGAGAGUGCGUAAGCUCCGUGAAGCAUUUGAUCAAGGUCUGGAUGUAGUGCUGGAUGACAAUCAGAAUGUGCAUGAUAUUGCUGCACUCCUCAAGGAGUUUUUCCGUGACAUGAAGGACUCUCUGCUGCCAGAUGAUCUGUACAUGUCCUUUCUUCUGACUGCAACUCUGAAGCCCCAGGAUCAGCUUUCUGCCCUGCAGUUGCUUGUUUAUCUGAUGCCACCUUGCCACAGUGAUACUUUGGAGCGCUUGCUGAAGGCAUUGCAUAAAAUUACUGAGCAUUGCGAGGACUCCAUUGGACUUGAUGGACAGCUGGUUCCUGGCAACCGCAUGACCUCCACCAAUUUGGCUCUCGUGUUUGGAUCUGCUCUCCUGAAGAAGGGAAAAUUUGGCAAGAGGGAGUCCCGCAAGACAAAACUGGGAAUUGACCACUAUGUUGCUUCUGUCAAUGUGGUCCGUGCCAUGAUUGAUAACUGGGAUGUUCUUUUUCAGGUGCCGCCUCAUAUUCAGAGACAGGUUGCCAAGCGUGUGUGGAAGUCCAGUCCUGAAGCUCUUGAUUUUAUCCGUCGCAGGAAUCUGAGAAGGAUUCAGAGUGCCCGCAUCAAGAUGGAAGAAGAUGCUUUACUUUCUGAUCCAGUGGAAACCUCUGCUGAAGCCCGUGCUGCUGUCCUUGGUCAAAGCAAGCCCUUUGAUGAAGAACCUGAAGGACCCUCACAUGUGCAAGUAAUCUUGAACCCUCUAGGAAAUCUGAAUCCCAAUCUCGAACAAGGACCAAAUUUUGAAAACCACCACAAUCCUGGCCUGGCAGAAGUUUCCCAUCUUAACGUAAUCCAGAACAAUGAAGAAAUCCCGGAAGCUGGUGAAAUUCCAGGUUCCUCUGAGGAGCCAGCUGUGCCUCCCGGCACUGCCCGUUCCCAUGACGAUGAGGAAGGAGCGGGUAACCCUCCCAUUCCGGAGCAAGACCGCCCAUUGCUCCGUGUGCCCCGGGAGAAGGAGGCCAAAUCUGGCAUCAGCUACUUCUUUCCUUAAGUGUUUUUCCUCCUUUAAGGUGCCGGACAGGGGAAAAGGGUGGGGGUAGACCUGGGAUGUCACAGGAAACAUGAAGGAGAAUCUUGGAGAUAGAUCUGAGAGGAGUUCCACCUGAUGCUCGGGUCAGGAUAGGAAUUCCCAAUACACUGCCAGCCCCUUCACUGGGGAUGCUUGGUCUCCUCAGCUGGUAAAAGCAGAGAUGUUUCUGUGUCAUGCCCAGGCUCCCUGGUGCUACCUUGCCUUUCUCUUUUACCCUUGGUCUUGGCUUUCUCACACUGCAGCCCUCCUUUAAUUGAUGUUACAUUUGUGGUAAACACCUGUCCCAGAGAAGCUCACAAAUCUCGAGGUGCUUUCCCUCCCCUGCAGGGGAUUGCAUGUUUUUCCUUACUUUCCGCCCCUCCUCCCGAGAGCUCUAUUGGAAAGGCCCUCAAGAGGCAUGCUAGAACGUUAGGUCAGCCUACUGACAGCUGACAAUUAAUGCUAAAUCAUGUCACACCAACUCAUAGCCGUGUCCCCGCAGCAACUCCGCCGCCUCAGGAUCCCCAUACUCCCCCCAAAUUAUUGAGACCGAUGGCUCGUCAAAAAGCCACUCCUAAAUUCUGUGCAGUUUUGCUCAGGUCACACCAACAGGGAAACCUCAAGUGUAAGCCUGACUAGCUUUUCUGGGGUCAAAAGUUAGAGGAAAAAUUAGACUUUAGUACCUGGAUCUGUUUUAAAGACAGCUGGUGUUCACACCAUGUUGUCAGCAAAACGGGCUAGUUUAGGUUUGGACACAUAGUUCCAAGUAGUUCAAGUCACCUGAUUACAAAUGUUCUUAUCUAUCGUCUCUGUAGUUCCUCUAUGCAGGACGGUACAAAUUUGCGGGACAUGCUCUGGUAACACACAGAUAUGGGUUAUGUAUGACAUCCAAAUUACAGCUGAUACUAAUGGGUAACAACUGCUGAGGUCCAUAGAGUGAAGAAUGUAUUGUAUUGAGGGAUAGAAACUGAUCAUACAAUGGAUAACAACCGCAGAGCUCGAAGAUUUGUGAUUGUUAAAACUUCUCUGGCAUUUAAUCAUUAAUAAACAUUUGUGUUGUGACAGCAUA